AUGAUUGUCGAAACCUUUGUCGUGCUUGCUCUUAUCACAUUCUUCGCCUUCAAGGGCGCCUCGAGACUCCGCCAUCUAUGGCAGCUCUUCCGCCUCAUGGGCGAGAACAAGUUCAAUGUGCCAAUGCCUAUCUCGCGGCUGGGCGCCCUCGACGUCGCCUCCGUCAUCGCGCUCAUGGCCCUCAAGUACAUCUAUAGCUUCCUGGGACUGCUGCCGAAGCCACAGCCCGACGCCGAUGGAGUCCACAUCCUGCUCCCCGAGGUGACGGCCAUCGCCAAGCUGCGCGUGACGAACCGAGACGAGCGACGCUUCGACCUCGCCGCCGGCGGGCCUGGCAAGGAUAAGUCCAGGCGGGACAACCGCAUCAUGUUUCUGCCGGCGCUUGUGAACCCCAUGCUAAGCCUACUGCUCGCCAACCGGAAUUGUCCCGUCCUCCCGUUUGGGUGCGUCAACACGCAGAACUCGUUCGAGGUGCACGACCCGACCAUCGCCCGCGAUGCUGCCGCCCUGCGCGAAGACAACUGCGUGGUCAUGGCGUACUUUGGUGGGCCGGAGCGCAAGGGCCGCCGGGUGAAGCGAGGCAUGGAGUUUGACAUUCGCAUCGUCGUCAUCAAGUUUGACAGCCGUGGGCACGGUGACGCCGUGAUGGAACAAGUAAUCACCAUCCUGGCCUACCUCCCUGCGUCCGCAAAGCCAAAGUUCAGGCCGGCAGAGGCCAGCAACGAUGAACCGAGGGUCGCGUGGACCGGCACACGUCGGAACAAAGUCAGUCUUGGGCUCUUGUCGCCGCGGGACUGGGCGGCGGUGUGCAAGGACUACAACCCGAUCCACAUGCUGCGGCCCAUGGCAAUGCUGUUUGGGUUCCCUGGGACGAUUGCACACGGAAACCAUGUCCUGGCCGUGGCGACGCAGCAGCUUCUCACCGCGUCCGACACGGAUGACGAACGGUUCGACGAUAUGAGGUGCAAGAUGAUCUACUCGGAAGCACCCUUCGUCCUCAAAGUGGUGUUCAAGCGGCCCAUGGUUUUGCCCCUCGACCUAGACGUCGAGUAUGGGCUGGUCGACGGGGGAGGCCUCGGCUUGCGAGUUGCGGGCGGGGGCAAGGAAUACCUUGCCGCGUGGAUGACCUGA